AUGUCGCAAUCUUCAUCAUUCAAUUAUAUCAUUCGUUCUGCAACCUCGGACGAUGUUGGGGACAUUUUAAGACUGAUUAAAUUACUUGCAGAGUAUGAAAAGGAACCAAAUGCCGUUGAAGUGACAGAAGAAACUUUACUCAAGGACGGAUAUGGAGAUGGCGAAAGAUAUUUUAAAUGUUUUGUAGUCGAAGCUGUCGACUCUCACAAAAUUAUUGGUUUUGCGUUAUAUUUUUUUGCCUAUUCUACCUGGCAGGGUAAAAUGCUGUAUCUAGAAGAUCUUUUUGUGGAAGAAGCAUAUCGUGGCCAUGGGAUAGGGAAGAGUAUACUGAAAAAGUUAUCACAGGUAGCAAAAGACACCGAUUGUUGUCGAAUUCAUUGGGUCGUAUUGGAUUGGAAUCAAAAAGCUAUUGAUUUUUACGAGAGUAUCGGAGCAGGAAUAUUAUCGGAUUGGAGACUUUGUCGAUUGGACCGCCGUGGAAUUGAGAAUUUACGUCAAUAG